AUGAAGAGGAAAUCAUGGUGUGCUCUAGCUAGGUCCACGAUCGUACUCGCGCGAGAGUUCGGUUCGCCUCCGUCCACGUCCGCACGACGUCGCGCGCGAAUAACCUACGACGCGCCGCCGCCAGCGCGAUCGCUCACCAUCCCCUCCCCCUUCCAGGUCGAUUUCGAGUUCCAAGACCCGAAAGAGAGCGACUUCCUCGGGCUCAAGGCGCUGCUCGGGAACUAUUUAGACGGCGAACUCUUCAGCAGCUCCGAGCUGUGCGACGCGAUCAUCAAGCAGAGCACGGUCGGGACUUGCCUGAAAACCCAAGGCGCGGGGGACGAGAGCGACCCCGUCGCGGUGAUGAGCGUCAUGAACCUCCAGACGAGGAAAGACGCGGCGCCGAUCAAGGAGAUAUGCGCGCACUUGAAGAACAAGUGCCCGAAAGAUCUGCAGGACAAACUCGCGAGCGCGCUGAGCGAAAACGGCGUCGGGCUGAUCAUCAACGAGCGCGUCAUCAACGUCCCGCAGGAGACGGCGUCGCCGCUGGUGGAGGGGCUCUUCGACGAGAUCGAGUGGGCGCAAGAGGACGAGCCCACGGAGGAGCUGAGGGCGUCGUUUAAGUUCAAGAAAUACAUCGUGUUCUCGCGCGUGUACAUGGACGACGAGGCCGAGGACGAGGGGGGGAAGAAGCGCAAACGCGCGGGGGAAGUCGCGCUCGUGUACCCGCGCCCGGAGGAUGAGUUUUUCCACGCCGAGAGCGAGUGGUCGUUCCAGUGGAAAUCGCGGACCGCGGAGGGUAAGUGGCGCUCGAUCUCGACUUCACCGUUCCGUCGUGUCUUUCGCGUUCUGUCUGUCCGCAGCCUCUCACUUGUGUCAGAGUGUCGUGAUCCUCAGUGUCACUUCACCUUGUAG